AUGACAACCUCAGUCAGCCCGGCAACGCAUUACGAGGCGGCUCGCAAGAAAGGUCUAUUGCUGUUUCAGAUGCUGGAAGCUAGCUUUGGUGAGCUCGGUAAUUUACUCAAAAACACAGAUACGCCAACUGAAAGCGAAUAUCUCAACUACGAAGAUCUCUUGGAGAACAAUUGGGUUGAGCGGUCCUCCGGGGACGAUUCCAAAAUUCUGGCGCGACUGUUGGAGGACCUUGGAAUCAAUACUUCAAACAAUAUCCCUGUUUCACAUGAACACCAUGGCGUUGCACCAAUACAAGAAUCGCUACAAGAAGGACUUGAGAUGCAGAUACGCUUCGACUCAGUCAUCAACACUUCCGGUGGUAUGAUUGCAGCCAUGAACACGUACAGUCCCGUGCAUGAUUGGAGAAAAGCGAAAGCGGAUGCCGAGAACGCUCUACUAAAACAAGCCGGCCACAAGUCUACGGAGAGAAAUAACGUCGGCGAUGACGUCCCUAGCCUGAAGUACUGGUCAGAUGUCGCAUACCUGCAAUGGGCCUGCCGUAACACCGACUCAUCCGACCUACGUCAUGUGAUGCGAAUGAGCAUCACAAACGAAAAGACAAAAGCAGUCAUCCAGCAUAUCAAACAACAAGCCCAUCCCAAAGCUACAGGCUCAUACUCAUUCGACGUUGACAACCGGGAUCAGGUAGCCGCUUUUCUAGGGACACCGAAUGGAGCCGGAGUCGCUUGGUUGCUCAUACAGCAUAAACAGCAAUUGGGCCAUAAGACAGUUUACAAGAAAGGCAAGAAGAUGCUCAAAAUAAUGCAUGGCGGAUCUGCUGUCACGCAAAGCCCAUACUUCACGCCCGGGGAAGUAGGAGCAAUGGGAUACAAGAGAACAACAAGGCCUCGAUCUGUCUCUGGCCUGUCAAAAAAGCUGGACAGUCUCGGUAUUCAAGGUUCUAACUCUCACUUCAUCAAUGUUACAAACGAUUACACGAAAGACGUUAUCACUGGCGAAACGAUUGUAAGCGUAAGCGAAGUGAGGUUCAUGUCCGAAAUCAACUUUGAAGCUGGAAUUCUCGUAGCGAACUACAGCUACAGCCCGACAUACAAGGCCAAGGCGUUGAAAUCGCUGUCGACCGCUCUGUUCCCCUCGUUGAAGCACUGGUCCGAUAUAGCCUUCCACCAAUGGGUCCAUUGUCAACUCGACCAGGAAGAAGAACGUGAUCUCAAGUUCAUCAUGAGAGAAAACAUCUCGAACGAAGAUACUUUAGCUAUCAUUAAUAAUAUCCUCGACGCACCACCUCGCCAGUCACAGGCUUAUACGCGGUCGGGACUAUACCUAGACAUGAACAGUGACCAUGCUAUCGCUCUGCUGGGCACAGCACACGGUGCAGGUGUAGCUUGGUUACUUGCUCAGCAUCGAGACCAACUUGGCCGUAAGGUAAUUGCUGGGAUAAGGAUAUUCUACAGCGACGAGCCGCCAGAGGGCGACAGAGCCCUCAACUUGCUAUUCUACCUUCGUGACGCCAGUGCGAGUAAGAAACCUAUCGAGAAGUUGUGA